AUGCAAGAGGAAUUAUUGAGUAUCUUAGCAAUGCGGCAAGUUGACAAGCACGAGAAGUACCUUGGGAUCCCAACCAUCAUCGGAAAGUCAAAAAAGAUGGUGUUUUCGGCUUUGAAAGAUAGGAUAUGGAAGAAGUUAUCGGGAUGGAAGGAAAUUUUUUUAUCAAGAGCAGGGAAGGAAAUACUCCUCAAAUCGGUAAUUCAAGCCAUUCCAACUUACAUUAUGGGGGUGUAUAAAAUUCCGGCAGGGGUGAUAGACGACAUUCAUGCUAUGAUGGCACGUUUUUGGUGGGGUCAAGAAGAUGAUAAAAGGAGGGUGCACUGGAAGAGUUGGAAGGACCUUUGUACUCCUAAAUUUCUUGGGGGUAUGGGGUUUAGGGAUUUAAGAGUUUUUAAUGAUGCUCUCCUCGGUCGACAAGCAUGGAGACUCACUAGUAACCCAAACUCUUUACUUAACAGGUUCUUUAUGCGAAAUACUAUCCGGGAAAAAAACUUUCUUGAUGCUCGACUUGGUGUUGGGGGCAGUUAUUCUUGGCGUAGUGUCGUCAAAAGCGUUAUUUAA